CGCGCCGCUGGGUCUGGCGGUGACACUCAUCGUCUGUCGUUUUUCCAGUAUACUUCGAGUAGGAGGUAGAGGACUGGAGCGAAGUGAUGGAUGCUCUUUACUCUUCCUACUCUGAAGUCCUCCUCUUAGCGCAAUCCAUGAAGAAUGACCUCGAAAGCUUGCUUGAUCCCGAAACUGGAGUUGCACCGCGUCUACGACAACUUUGUCGAAAUCAAAUUGAAGAUGCUUCAGGCGAAGUGUCAUCGGAAGAACUGGACUUGAUCAAGCUUGAAGAGCAUACUUGGGCACUAUUACAAGCUAUCAUGCCCCUUCGUAAAACCGAACAAACACCCACCGACACACCUCAGCAACUGCUCUCUUCAAAUCCCUACACACCGACAUCCACUAUUGCUCAAGCCAUAAUGCAAAGCUCACCUGUCCUCACAGAGCUUAUAGUAGUCCGAGAAUGGUUACAAGAAACCGCGCCGUCACCUGCACAUCCAGAGGCUACAACGGGAUACUGGAAGUUCACCAAGCAUAACGUUACGCAAGCUAUGCGGCUAGGAGGAGGAGCAAGGGAUGGAUUGGUGAAAGAGUUGGAUCCGGAUGCGGUGAAUCGAGAAGAUGGGAGGGGUUUAGUGGCAGAUGACGCAAGCUACGAAAAAGGCCUCUCGCAAGCUCUAUAUGGUUACGUACGCGCAGGAAGGUUGGAAGACGCGAUAGAACUAUGUCGAAAAGCUCACCAGCCGUGGCGAGCCGCGAGCAUACGCGGAUCGCUGUUGUUCAGUUGGAAAGCACUGGCCCACGAACACGACGAAGAGGAAGAUGAUGACUAUGAUUCCGAGAUAUGGUCUGGGAACAAACGGCGGAAACUGUGGAAGUCGACUUGUACGAAGGCGGCUCUCAAUUCAGCUCUCCCCGAACAUGAGCGUGUUUUAUACGCCGCCCUCGCCCCCUCGCCUCAAACAACCCUCGUCCUCAAAUCUGGCUGUAGAACCUGGGAAGACCACCUGUGGGCAACAAUAAGCGUGUUAUGUGACGAAAAAGAGACAAUGGAAAUGUCGCGUCUGGGUGGCAGCUUUUGGGAAGGCGCUGGAGGCGCUGAAGGAUUGAGAAAUGUGGACAAAGGCGUUAGGAUAGUCGGGAGCAAUGUGAUAGAAAUUGAGGAAGAGGAGUGGGAGAAGGAGGUUGUCGGCACACUUGAGGGGUUGAAGGAUGUCAAUGUUGAGGAUGGUCCACCAGCAGACCAUCCAUUUCAUGUUUCCCAGCUAAAUGUUGUAUUGGAUCGCACAGGUUAUCUGCUGGAGGUGUUUGCAGAAGGGUUGGUGAACAAUGCAUAUGAAACGACAUCGUACGAAUACGGACCGAUGUGCCGUUUCUUUGCCCAUCUCUGUCUAUAUCUUAGAAUGAUCGAUAGUUUCGUUCCCCCGAAUGCGUCGAGUAUCAUUCUGGAAGCAUAUCUUCAAGUUUUAGAGGCAGCCGGUCAACGUGAUCUCAUCGCCAUAUACGCUGGAGCCCUUGGCGAAAACGCUAUCCAACGAUAUGCUUUGUUUUUAGUCUCACUCGAGCUCUCCACAGACGUCAACGAACGACGGCUUGCUCUCACAAGAGCUAAAGAACACGGCUUGGACAUGGAUAGUGUAGCUGCUGCUGCCGCGGAAAUGACAAUCAAUAAAGCGAUGGAGAUGCUCCCCAUAUUGAAAGGCCCUCUACCGUCCAUAAUUUCCGGGCAAGCUCCACCUAGCGACGCAGAGUUGUUUUUGCUGAGGUCGAUCGAGUGGAUCGUAUUUUCUGAAGCUACGUAUGACAAGGCGUUGGAACAAGCGAACCAUAUCCUGCGGUAUUUCUUAGCUUCUGGUAGAAUACAACUGGCCAGAGAACUGUUAUCAAUGCUUCCAUCGGAGCUUGCUUCUAUCUCUGUGGACGAAAUGGACGUUCAAGCUACGGAAUAUCUGCAUUACAGACAGUUCUUCACGAUUUGGGAAACCCUCGAAAGCGUCGUGGAAUGUCAGGCUUUGGAGUCGCCGAGGAUGAAUCGUGAUACGAGGUUGGCGUGGCAUGAGGAUUACAAGAAAGUCAUCGAACAAGCAAGAGAACAGAUUGUGAAGCUCUUAACUUCGGAGUGGCUCGUUGUAGAUGACGAAAUUGGAGAAGGAGAGACGAGGAGACGAGAGUUGAUUCGUAUUCGUCAGAUUUAUGUCCCAGAGCUCAUCAUCAGGCUUCACUUUGUCCUGAUCAACUCGAGGCAGGAGUUCCCAGAGAACUUGAAAUUGGCGUUGAAACUGGUGAACAUUGUCGCUGAUUCACGGUAUCGGCUCUAUGAAGACUUCGUGAACGAGGAUGAAAGGCGCUUGGGUGACUACUUGGGCGCUGUACGGCAAGCUGUACUCGGGGGGUUGGAAAGCGGAGGAUCGGAUCCGUUCAGGGUGUUGAUGAUUUGAGUUUGGCAAACUGUUCUUGCUCUCUUUUGCUUUAUGGUGCUCUGGGCUCGUUGUAUCUAUGAUGUAUCAUCCAAAAUAAUCGCCGCACCAUGCACAUAGCAGAGCGAUGUCCCUCAGUGGCUUUCCCC